UUUUCUUUUCUUUUCUUUUCUAGUUUUGAGUGAAUAGUGUUUUAUCUUAGACAUUUUCCACCAUCUCAGACUUCAAUUUCCCUCUUCGUUAUCAAUUCAAGUCUCGUCUUGAAUCCUUUUUUGAACAUAGACAAGACCACUCUCUUCCUAUCAUGACCACAGGAUACUUCUCUGUCAGCCAGGUUGCGGCCCACAAUUCUGAGAAUGAUUGCUGGGUGAUUAUUCACGAUAAAGUAUACGAUGUAACCGCUUUUUUGAACGAACAUCCUGGAGGAAAGAAAAUUAUUCUUAAAAACGCUGGCACAGAUGCCACUAAGCAAUUCGACGCAUUUCAUAAUCCAAAUGUCCUCAAGAAUUACGGCGCUCUUUGCAUUGGUGUCAUUGGCGAGCCUCCUAAAGAAAAUGUCGAGGCUGCACCUGCUUCCACAGCAAACGAUGAAGAUGAUGAGAUGCAAUUUGGCGAUAUGGUCCCGUUCGGUGAUCCAUCCUGGUACCAACAGUGGGGCAGCCCUUACUACAAUGCCACCCAUCGUAGACUCCGCCGUGUGAUGCGUGCAUUUGUCGAAGCGGAAAUCAUGCCUUUCGUCCAUGAAUGGGACGAGGCCAAGCAAGUUCCCAACUCGCUGUUCAAGAAGUGUGCCGCCAUGGGCAUCCUCGCUGUCAUUGCUGGAACAGGACACUUGCCUCUUGAAUACUUUGAUCCUGAAGAGACUACGCUCUUCAAGGGCGGUAAAGAUGCUGUUGUUGACCCAGCAGUAUGGGAUGCUUUCCAUUCCUUUAUUGUCAGCGAUGAGCUCGCACGUUGUGGAUCUGGUGGAGUCCUCUGGGGUCUCUGUGGUGGACUCGGAAUUGGUCUCCCGCCAGUCAUUAAAUAUGGCUCUGAAGAGUUGAGGCGUCGUAUUGUUCCAGAAUGCCUGGCUGGUCGCAAGACCAUCUGCUUGGCUAUUACUGAACCUGCUGCUGGUUCUGACGUUGCCAACUUGACUACAGUGGCAAAUGAGGCCAAUGACGGAUACAUUGUCAACGGUGAAAAGAAAUGGAUCACCAACGGUACCUUUGCGGACUACUUUACAGUUGCUGUACGCACAGGUGGUGAGGGUAUGGGCGGUGUCUCCCUCAUGGUGAUCGAACGUACCAUGCCUGGUGUCAGCACCCGUCACAUGAAGUGCUCUGGAGUCUGGUCUUCAGGUACGGCCUAUAUCAACUUUGAGGAUGUAUUGGUCCCCAAGGGUAAUCUCGUUGGCAAAGAGAACCGUGGAUUCAAGUACAUUGUCGACAACUUCAACCAUGAGCGCAUGGGUAUUGUCACACAGGCGACACGUCUGGCUCGUGUCUGCUUGGAAGAAGCUAUCAAGUAUGGUAGUAAGCGUAAGACCUUCGGUGUCAAGCUAGUCAACCACCCUGUAUUGCGUAACAAGUUGGCGCAUAUGGCGCGUCAGAUUGAAGCAACACACGCAUGGAUGGAGAAUGUAAUUUACCAAACGAUGACCAUGCCCGAAGAUCUCCAGAUGAUCAAGUUGGGUGGUCCCAUUGCGCUGCUCAAGGCUCAGUCGACACAAACAUUGGAGUAUUGCGCUCGUGAGGCAUCUCAGAUCUUUGGAGGUCUGGCCUACACACGUGGUGGACAGGGAGAGAAGGUGGAGCGUAUCUAUCGUGAAGUCCGUGCCUAUGCUAUCCCUGGAGGAUCGGAAGAAAUUAUGUUGGAUCUUGGCAUGCGUCAGAGUAUGAAGGUUGCAUCAAUGAUGUAUGGCGCCAAGUUGUAG